UGGAUGGUGGUCUCCCUCAUCCUCUCCUCGGCCUACCAGAGCAUCCUGACUUCCCUCCUGGCGGUGCCGAAGGUGGAGGUGCCCGUGGAUUCCUUGCAGGACCUCUUAGACUACGGCAAGAUCCCUUGGUCGGUGGAGCAUGGCACUUCGAUCCACCAGCUCCUCGAUGAUUCAAGCGCAGACGUCUACAAAAAAAUCAACAAGAAAAUAUUUUACGUGUCGAGUAGCUUCGCUGAACGGGACCGCAUGAAGGAAGAACGCUUCGCCAUUCUCUGCGAUUUCUUUUCGAUGAAAUUGAUCAUGAGCGACGACUACGGGCAGACGGGCGAGUGCAACUACUACAUCGCCAAGGAGGUCAUCUGGUCCGCCGCGAUGGCCUUCGCCUUCCCCAAGGGCAGCCACAUCACCGCGCACUUCAACAAAUGGAUGGUGAUGAUGAAGGAAUCCGGUCUGGUGGACAGGUACCUGCAGGAAGUGACGAAGAACGUGACGGCGUGCAUGGUGCCUCCGGGCCAAGAGGCAGGCAGGAACACGUCCUCUUUCCUCUCCAUCUUCGAUCUCGGAGGCGUGUUCCUCAUCGCAGCCGGAGGUGCAAUCGUAAGUAUCUUCGUGUUCCUGAUGGAGAAACUGUCGAGACAUCGCCCCUUUUGAAGACGGUCGCCGCGUCUGUCGACGUCUCGCCUGGACCUUGGACUCGGACUUCAGUGCCCUCCUUAAACUGCAAGACAGCACUACAGUGAUGCUUUAACAUCUUCGCCACGUGCUU